GCGUGCAUUUAAAAAAUACAGCUGAUGACGGAUGAGUGAUGAAAUAUUAUUUUGGUGGUGAAUUGUAGAAAAUUACAUGAACUAAAAAGGACGGAAUUUUGUAUCACAGAAAUGGCAGAAAUACAAACACUCAUCGAGAUGGGAUUUUCCAAAGAGCGAGCGGAGAAGGCUCUCGCUGUGACGAGUUAUAAGGGCGUUGAGCCUGCUAUGGAGUGGCUGUUGGCACACGCUGACGACCCUGCGAUGGACGCGGCGCCGACCGUGGCGUCGUCUACAAGUGCUGAGGCUACACCGGCGCCCGUGCCUGAGUCCUCGACAUCUUCCGUGGACCCCGCGACCGCCGAAACCGCCGAACAAGAAGUCAAGUCGUUCAAAUGCGACGUGUGUGGUAAAUUGCUCAAAAAUCAGGACGAGAUGGAGUACCAUGCAGCUAAGACUGAUCACAGUAGCUUUUCGGAAUCUACUGAGGAGAAGAAACCAUUGACUGAGGAGGAAAAAAGGGCUCAACUGAUGUUGCUGGAGGAGAGAAUGAAACAGAAACGAAAAGAGAGAGAGGAAAAGGAAAAGGCUGAAGCGUUAGAACGUGAACGCAUCCGCAUAAAGUCAGGCAAAGAGAUGCAGGACGCCCGCCAGCGUCUACAAGAACAGGAGAUGCAGAAACUAGUGGAACAGAGGCGACGAGAGAAGAUCGAGGAUCAGAAGGCUAGGGAACGUGUUCGCGCUCAGAUUGAAGCUGAUAAACAGGCUAGGAAGUUAGCAGCAGGUGGCCAGCCCCCCGCAGCAGCCCCCGCGCCUGCGCCGGUGGCGCCCCCCCCGGCGGCGGCGCCCAAGGUGUCGUACGAGCAGGCGCGCAUACAGCUGCGCCUGCCCGACGGGAAGGCGCUCGCGCACACCUUCGGCGCCAAGGAGCAGCUGGCUGCUGUCAGAUUGUACCUGCAGAUGAAUGCAUCGGAGUACGCUCAACAGGACAGCUUCAAACUGAUGACUACAUUCCCCAAGAAGAUAUUCACAUCAGAGGACUAUGAUAAGCCAUUGGAUUUAUUAGGUCUAGUACCGUCAGCAGUGAUCAUAGUAUCGCGGGGGCAGCAGUAAGAAGCCAAAUAUAAUAAUAUUUAAUAAUUACUGAUUACUGAUUAACAUGCCGACUGUACCGGGAGUUAUGUAUGUACUGGGUUGGGGGAGGCACAAAAGUUCAAUUAUAUUUAAUUAAUUCCGAUGAGACUUGGUGGAAUAAAGUCUGUGUUGUGUAUAACAUUGUUUCAUUAUAUUCAAAAUUCAUUAAAAUAUUUUUAGAGGCUCAAAAUCAGCACUAUUUAAUAACUAAACACUAUUUUUUAGAUUAAUUUUGCAGGUAACAGUUUACAUUUCAAAAGUUUACACGUGCGCUCUCUAGAUGGCGUUGUACUUUUCUGAAUCGCGGUGUUAAGAUUCUCCUGCGCUUAGUGACCUCCUCGGCCCUUAGCCGAUGUUUCAAAGUUAUUCAACUGGCGAAAAUUAAGUAUCAACUGGUGCAGUAAGUGAAUAGUGAAAGUGUUAGUGCGUAAAAUAAUAAUAACCUGCCUUUUGUGGUCUGCAAUAGCCGGGAACACGUUCACGUAACGGUCCCGUCGUUGAAGCACCUCACGGCACUUUUUGGGUUAACAAACAUUAGACGUCUUGGCUGGUGAAUUAAUUUUCACGGUAAACCCUGCAUCGAUCCAGGACACAAUAGUCAUCGUUUUCGUGUGAUUCUUGACGAGCACUUCCGAACUCAAGAUAACAUGGCGUCGAAACGUUCCCGCUCGUUCGCGCAAGCUGCAUUCUCAUUCGACGGUACUCGCGACUAUGAGAAAGUCGAAACUUUUUUGACUUUCGCUCGAAAGUACAAGUCCUACAAAAACAUAGCAGACAGCGAUGCCUUGCAAACUAUUUACAUCAUUCUCAAAGACGAGGCUAAGGCCUGGUGGGAUAGAACAAAUGAAAGCAUUUCAACGUGGGAAGACUUCGAGUCUCAAUUGAGAAGAGAAUUUUUACCGAAAAAACCGGCUUAUGUUGUUUUUCAAGAGUUAUCUGAGCUCAGGCAGAAACCCGGUGAACUGACACAAAGAUUUGUAGCAAAGCAGAGAGCCCUCUUUGACCAGUUGGAUCCACCGCUGCCCGAAGUUGUACAACUAGACAUGAUGUACGGGUUUUUACACCCGAAAAUCCAGGAACAAAUUCCUAGAACGUGUAUUGAAACUUUUGAAGGUUUGUUAGAAGCCGCAAAAGGUUUAGAACAAGAAAAUGCUAAUAACAAGCCGCAGGUGAAUUCGUCUUCCGAAAAUCGUACAGCGAGGAAACGGGUGCGCUGUAAUUUUUGUAGAAACUUCGGCCAUGUCGCUGAAGUGUGCAGAAAGAGGCAAAAACUCACCAUUGAUGAGGCGGUUUCUGAAACAUCUACUGAAAAUCAGGAGCCAGCUCCCGAAGCAGGAAAUCCAGCACCAGCGCCUGCAGCAAGCCAGGAGCCCAGGAAAGUGUCUACGACAGUAGCCGGAAAACCUCGAUUCAUGAUAGAAAUCAGCAUUGGAACGGCCAAAGAAAUGGCCAUCGUAGACUCCUCUAUCAAAACAAGUCUGGCAUCGUUCAAAUUCUACAGCUACUUAAAGAGCAUUGGUUUUCAUUUUCAAGAGGAAAAUUCAACAGAAGGGAAUGGCAAGACUGAAAACGCCUUGAAAGGGCGGAUUCCCGUCAAAGUUCGGGACCGAUGUGUGUUAACCACUUUUAUCGUGCAUCCCGAAAGUAAAGAAAGUAGAUCCUUGCUUGGAACAGAUUUCAUAGCUGAUGGUAGAAUUAACUUGAAUUUACAGCAAAUGACGUGGAAUUUUAUUGACGAACCUCUUGUUCAUUAUAGUUUACCGCAAUAUAUUCCCAUUAAUUGUGAAAAUACUGAUGCGAACUAAUAAUUAUGUUUGUCUUUGGAAACGGUUGAUUUGAUAACCGGUUCGAUUCUAUUUUUGUAACUUCCGUUCUUAUCGCAUUAAAGUUUUUUGACUGAAAUACUUAUGUUUUUUAUUUGUAGAUUGUUUGACUACCCAUGUAGGUAGGUAUUCCUAUUUAAUUUAAUGUUAAUUAAUGUAAUAUGUGCCGCUAAGUUUUAUCUAAAUCAGUUCGGUGGGAGAGUAUUGCGCUUAGCAACAUAUGUGUAUUAGUUGUAUAGGUUUAUGUUUUGUGAAUACCUAUAAGCUUAAGGACGUGAAGGUAUAUAGGCAGUAAAGUAGGUAGGUACUAAUCUUUAAUUAUGUUGACGUAUGGCUGUAUAACUAAUUUGUGUCCAUUUCGACCGCGCGGCCACCUCAUAAUUUUUGAUGAAACUUUGCCAGGAAUUAGUAGUAAUUUGUUACUUUUCACUCCUCUUUUCCUGAAUUUGUUACAAAAAAAACCAAGCCGCUAUGACAAAGAACAGUUGGCCGCUAGAACCGCCACUUGCCGUAGUCAUCGCCCGUGAUUACUCAGAAACUAUACAAUGCAGAUAGACGAAUGAUACAUCAAAAGAAAGGUCUUAAUUUGUUAAAUUUGUUACAAAAAUAAAAAAGGUCAAAACGUAGAUAUACAAAAAGUUAUGCAAUGUUAAGUUUUCAGGUUAUGAGUAGGUAAGUAUAUCACCGUAGGCACCAAAUUAAGAGAGGCUAAUGUGUAUAGAAAAUUAGUCUUUAAUUUGUUACAGCGAAAAAAGACAAAAAAAAUACUAGAAAGCAGGUUCAAUAAUAUGUUAGAGUCGAUUUUAGUUGGCCGCGCGGACGGCAAUAUGCCUAAAAUACAAUUUCGUUUUUCUCGUUAUUAAAAGUAGGUUUUAGCUUAAUUAAAGUACUAGUCGAUGGGUAACGUAACCUAGUUUGAAUAAAUAUAGCGAAUUUAACUGCAGCAUUCGUAUUUUAGGAGAUAUUUACAAAAACACAGUGGUAUGAAACUGUAUGAGAGUAGGGUGUCCAUGCAUUUUCACAUAUUCGAAAUUUUCGUUAUUCACGUCUUAUUUUUUUAGGGAGAGUGCAUACUUUAUAAAAAUCAAAGUCACAAAUAGAUUAAAAUUUCUUUAUUUACAAUCAACACAAAGGCAAACAAAUCAAUUGUUUGCCUUUGUGUUAACAAUAAUGUCAAAAAUGUGACACAGAGUUGAAAGGUGAACUUAAGCUAGGCGAGAUCAUAACAUUUGAUUUAAACGGAGCUGCAGACUCAGUUUUACUCACUGAAUUGCCGAUUACUCUUAGCAUUAAGGAUAAUUAUUAUUUCUUAGUUGGUACUAUAGAAUUUAUACCAGGCACAAAAAUAGGCCACUAUAAAUGUCAUUUUUUAAAUAACAAUAAAUAUUUUUGUUACGACGACAAUUCUUUUAAAAUUGAAAUAAGUACCUCUAAGAAAAUAUGUCUACAUUCUGUGUCACAUAUUUUCGUGUCUAACUGACACGAAAAUAUGUGACACAGAAUUUAUAAAUAUUAUGUUAGUUUAUGAAGAUUUUAUAUUUAUCUGGUUGUCUUUUAUUACUUGAUUUGUUUGCCUUUGUGUUGAUUGUAAAUAAAGAAAUUUUAAUCUA